UCGUACCGGUAUUGUUUGGCCGAUUGAUUCUAGCUUCCACCCGUAGCCGUACACGAUUAACCGUAAAAUCAAGUUCAACAUCCAUAUGAUAAUAUCGGAGUGGUGUUCAAAUAUUAAAUUAAUUAAUUAUGGGGACCUUGAUGAAUUUUGUUGAAGAACACAUACGUUUUGAGAUACUCACUGUGAUAUGGAUUUUGUACAUUUGGGAGCUGUACCUCAGCUUGCGGCAGAGGAAACUUAUGGAAAAAUUGGCGACCGUUCCAUCGAGUCUGGAUGGCCUCAUGUCAGCUGAGGUUUACAAAAAAGCAAGACUUUACGCAUUGGAUAGGAACGCGUACAGUAAUAUUCAUGAUUUGUACUCCACAAUUAUUAACACGGUACUAAUCCUAACAUUUGCCUUCCACUACUACUGGAAAUGGGGAAUAAUCCUGGUAGAGGCCCUCGGGGCCUCCGGCGAGAACGAGAUCCUGGCGAGUGCUGGCUGCCUAGUGGUAAUGAGUACCGUGUCAUUCCUCGUGGACUUUCCCUUCAAAGUCUACAACGUUUUCGUCAUAGAGGAGCGACACGGAUUCAACAAACAGACGACAAAGUUCUUCAUCAGAGAUCAAAUCCUCAAAUUCCUGAUAUCCCAGCUGAUAGGUCCUCCCUUCCUCUGCGGAUUCAUCUGGAUCGUCAAGAACGGAGGGGACUACUUCUUCUUCUUCGUCUGGCUCUUCGUGGUCGUCGUCACCCUCUUCAUGUCAGUGAUUUACCCCGAAGUGAUAGCGCCACUCUUCGACAAGUACUCACCUCUUCCUGAGGGCGAACUCAAGACCAAAAUCGAGGCACUCGCUGCUUCCCUCGAUUUUCCACUCUAUAAACUGUACAUUGUCGAGGGCUCCAAGAGGUCCUCCCACAGCAAUGCCUACAUGUACGGAUUCUACAAGAACAAGAGGAUCGUUCUCUUCGAUACUCUUGUGAAGGAAUUUUGCAAGAAUAAUAAGAGCGAUGAUAAUAAGGAGUAUGGCUGUGAGGUGGAUGAGGUACUCGCUAUUUUGGCCCAUGAGUUGGGACACUGGAAGUAUAGCCAUACAUUGCAGGGACUUAUGCUAGCUCAGAUAAGUUUCAUCAUGAACUUCAUUCCCUUCGCCAAACUAAUCAAUUACGCACCAAUGUACGUAGCCUUUGGCUUCACCAACAGCCAGCCAAUCUUCAUUGGACUCAUCAUCGUCACGAUGUACAUCCUCACUCCCCUCAACACGCUCUUCGGAUUCCUGAUGACAGUGAAUUCUCGUAGAUUUGAAUUCCAAGCUGACGAAUUCGGAAAGAAACUCGGCCACGCCGCAGCACUCAAACGUGCUCUAGUUAAAUUGCAGAAGGAUAAUUUGGCCUAUCCGUUAUUCGAUAAAUUAUACUCGGGAUGGCAUCACAGUCAUCCACCCCUACUGGAGCGUCUCGAGGCGCUAGACAAAGUCGAUUAAUGUGAGCAGUGUGAAUUUUUCAAGUAUGUCAGAGUGUUUAACAGUGAAUGAACGUGGUUUCCUCAGGGGAGAGUGGGGCAAAAUGAAACAACUGAAAAACGACCAUUUGUCGAAAUUCAGUAGCGAAGCGGUAAACCGGGGUAAGUCGAUUUUGAUUAUUGGCCAGUUUGUGACGAAUA